CUUAACGGCUAGUUCUCUCUCUAUUCUCGCAUUUGCUUUUCCUUUCUCUCUUCAACACAAAGAACCAGAAAACUCCACAACACUUGCGUUAAGUCCUCGCCUAAGGACGAAUCUAUGGUCUCCGAGCAAGGUCGUUUUUCGUAAUCUGGAAAUUCAUACUCCUGAAAGAAAGAACAUGGACAAGGUUUGUGAAGAGCUGGACGAAGUUAAAGCUGAGCUUGAGAAGGUCAGGGCAGAAUAUAAAAGCAAAGCAGAAUUAUCCGAAAACUUGAGGAAAGCCCACAAUGAGCAGCUCACUAAAUUCCAGCAGGCAAGUUCGAAAAUUGAGAAGCAGGCUCAAGAACUAAAUGAGAAGGCAGAGGAAAUCUCUGUGGCACAGCAGAUGUGUGAAGAACUUAAAUGCAGUUUGAAAGAUAAAGAGUCCAUAGUCCAACAUCUUAGAGCUGCAAACGAUAAACUUCGAGUUGGUUGUGAUGAGAAGUACCGAAAAUUGGAAGAUACAAACAGAGUGAUGGUAUUGGCUUUAGAUGAGGCAAAUGAGAAGAAAAUGGAUCAAGAGAAAACAAUCCGUGCAUAUAGAGAAGAGAUUGAAGGCCUUAAAGGCCGUCUAUCAGUUUCGCAGAAGAAAUGUUCUGAAGCAGAGAAGAAAGCUAAUGCACCCAAAGAACUAAGAGAGAGAGAUGAUGUGAUACUCAAACUAGAGGAGGACAAUCAGAAGGUUCAAGAUCAGCUAAAAUGGAAGAAGGAGCAGUUCAGACAUCUAGAAGAAGCACAUGACAAGCUCCGAGAACAGUUCAAGGCAAGUAAGAAGGAAUGGGAGAUGGAGAAGUCUUCAUUGCUUGAUGAGAUUUGUUCAUUGCAGACAAGCUUAGAUUCUCAAACCAGAAUUUCAGAUGAUCUUCAAAACCGGCUGCAGAGGUGCAACCAAGCCCUGGCUCAUGAAGAAAGCCGGAGAAAGUAUCUGGAAGUUCAAGUUUCUGAAUUCCAAACACGCUUUGAGAAUGUCUUUUCUGAGCGCGAGGAUGCCAAAUCGCAACUGGAAUGCUUGACUGCUCAGAGGGACAAACAAAUUGCAUCUCUAAGACAGUCUCUAAGCACCAAAGAGACAUUUUAUAAAGAAAUGGAAUAUCAGACAGGGAAGCUGCAGCAAGAAAAUCAGGAGUUGCGCAUUUCUCUCAAAGAACUGCAGGAAGCCCAAAUCCAAGCAGCACCAGGUUCACCUUCUCUCACAAAGCUGCGAAACAAGCUCAAAAGUCUGGAGCAGAUGCACAGAGAUUGUAUUGCAAGUCAUAGGGCGAAAGAAGCUGAAUGGAGCUCUCGACUGGAAAGUAUGACAGGGGAAUUGAACAAACAUAAGUCCGAGUUAGGGAGUAAAGAUGCAGCAAUAAGUGGGCUCAGGAUGGAACUGGAACAGAUGCUCAGAGACUGCACAUCAAAUCUUAAGGCUAAAGAAUAUGAAUGUAGCUCUCAACUGGAAAAAAUGAGAGUGGAGCUGAACAACUCUAGAUCUGAGUUAGAGAGUAGAGAUGCUGCCUUAAAAGAACUCAGGAUGGAAGUGGAGCAGAUGCACAGUGACAGUACAACAAAAGAGGCCGAAGGGGCUGAAUGGAACUCUCAAUUAGAAAAGAUGACAAGUGAUGUGAGAAACUAUUUGUCUGAGCUAGAGUAUAAAGAUGGAAUGAUAAAAGAGCUCAAGAUGGAGUUGGAAGCCUGUCAUUCUCUAAGUAUGCAGCUGAAGUUGGAAAAUGAGGAGCUUUCUGUCAUGUUAUUGGUUUUAAAACUUGGAAUUUCUGAGGCUCAACUGAAGAUUGUGAAUGGUAAGUUUGAAAUGGAUCUGCGUGAAAAAGAGAGAGAACAAAAUAUUUCUCAACUGAUGCAGCAGCUGGAAGGGAAGAAUGCUGUUCUUACAACAGUACAGAGAGGUGUCAAAGAAGAGUGUGAAAAGGAUGAACUUCACUUGAAUCAGCAAGUUUCGCAGAUGGAAAGCGUUCUUGAAAGGGAACUUAGAGAAGUUAAUGAUGCCAUAGAGAGAACAAAUACUGAGUUGGCUGAGAAAAUCUGUGAAGGAAAUGAAAUUGAAUUUGAAUUGGAAAUAUGGAAAUCGAUUGCAGAGCGCUUAAGAAGUGAUCUUGAAGUAAGUCUUGGAAUGCGUAAAGAGUUGGAAGCUUCUCUUCUUGCACAGGUAGAUGUCGGGGAAACCAUCAAGCAACAGAAAAAUGGUCUUUUUUGUAUUUUUGAAGAGAAAGACAAAAUAAUAGAUAACCUCCAGCAGAAGAUUGUGUUACUGGAGCAGAAGCUUGAGAUGUUAGAUACAAAGGACGCUAAUUCUGUAAAGACAGAGACAGAAAUGUCUUUUGAAUCAGAGAAUUCAAUAUUUCUCCAAAUCGCUAGAGAGAAGGACAAGAACUUAGAGCAACUGGAGAAAGAGAUUAGCUGGCUAGAGCAAGAAUCAUUGAGGAUAGAAUUCACAGGUGCUGUGAUGGCACAAAUUGAUGCAGAGAGAACAUUUGAGCAUGAGAAAGCGAAGCUCAUCCAACGUGUAGAACAGAAAUACCAGAGAGUGAAUGAUCUCAUGCAGCUUGUGGAGUCCUUGGAACAUAAGUUUAAUUGCUCAUUAGAUUCUUUCUCUUCACAGCUAGCUGAGAAACAGGCAGAAAUUGAUCUGAUCCACGAAGCUUGGGAGAAAAUCACUGCUGCUGAGGUUAUGGCUGCACUUGAAAUUGAAGAAAGGAAGUUGAUGGCUCUGGAACUUGAGGAGGAAAUCUGUAAUAUACAGCAGAAACUGGAAUCGCAGCAAACAUCCUUGUGUGAGUCAAAACAACAAGCAUUGGAGGCUGAAGCUGAACUGGAAACAAAAGAGCUAGAAGUGAAGAGACUGACUAAUCAAAUGAAGACAAAGCUGAUAAACUCAGAUGCCUUGAUUGAGGAGCUAAAAAGUGAAAGAAGAAAUUUACUUGAAGAUGUCAUUAAGUUGUCAUCAGAAAAGGAAAACUUAUUGGUGUUUAUUGGAGGGCUGGGUGAUAAGAUCGGUGAGUUCUCCAGUACAGAUAAACAACUGACAAGCAUGUUGGAUAAGAUAAUGCUCUCUUUUGACAACAAAGGUUCCAGAAUGGAUUUAAAAUGGAAUGAUGAGCUUGUUGAUCCAGAACAAGAGAAUGUUUGUACGCCUACAGUGAUGAAGAUAUCUGAAGCAAUUUCUGACAGAAGAUCUCCAUUUAGAGACCUCAACAAUUAGCUUGUAACCAAUAUAUGAUUCAGAACAUCAAUUAUUAACCAUGGAUUUUUUAGCUUGUGUAUGAUGUGCGUGUAAGUAAUUUGUUUAUGACUAGAACAAGUUCCACAAAUUUGAUUUCUCCUUGUAAGCAAGUAAUUUUAGUUUGCUUAUAUGC